CGUCACCGGCGUUCUACCCAAGAAGCGAACAAGAUAAGAGGCGUGCAGGAUUUGGUUUUAAGCAUUUCUCUGACUUCUGUGGAUUUUCUUCAUUAAAAAUGGCAGAAGAGAACAAGACCACUACUCCUUGUCGAGUUAUUCUUAUUCCUGUAGAUGCCAGUAGCCAUUCAGAGGCAGCUUUUGACUGGUAUUUGUCCAACAUUCGCCAUGAUAAUGAUCAUGUUAUAAUUGGCCAUUGCCAUGAAAUUCACCAGCCUGUGAUGCCACAUGCUAUGGAUACUGAUGAGUGGGCAAAGACUGUAGGAGUACAUGAAGAAAAGCUAAAAGCCCUGGAGGAGAAAUAUUCCAAAAAGGCUCAAACAGCUAAGCUUUCAGCUAAAAUCCUCAUCAAAGGAGGAAAGCCAGGGGAGGCUAUCUGUGAGCUUGCAAAAGAGGAGCAUGCACAGAUCAUUGUCAUGGGAUCAAGAGGUCUAGGGGCAUUACGCCGCACUUUCCUUGGAAGUGUUAGUGAUUAUGUUCUUCAUCAUGCUCAUAUUCCAGUGAUAAUCUUCCCUAAGAAAUAAAAUACAAUACUACGAAAAUUCUCUUUAAGCACAAUAUACAUUCUCAUGAAUACUUCAUUUCAGCAGUUUUCUUGGUUAGGGCUGUUUUUCGUGUAUUGUAAUCAUUCAAAUGAUCCCUCUCUUUUGUAGUCAGUUUCUUGAUUUCUCAAAAACAACGAAUAAAAGUGUCAAACACA